UUAUGAAGUGAUUGCCAAAGAAAAUAUAAAUAUAAUAAAUAUAAAUUGAGAUUUAAUGUAAAUAAAAAUAGUUAUACAUAUGGGUUUCUCCAAGAUGAUAAAACGGUUGCUGUAUGCAAACUUUGCAUCUUGCAGUUCUAAGGUAAUAGGAGUAUUAGCACCAUUAACAAUACCACCAUUGCAUAUCACAUUUUUGUACUACUUUUGGCAAGAAUAUUCACGGGACGUGGAUAAACAGUAUUGUUCUUGUUCAUGUUGGGAUACAGUGUUCAAAGGAUCAUACGAAUCUGGCAUUGCUUCUUACAAACACAUGUACUUUAAUGCCACUACAAAUACUCUGAAAAUAUGGAUAACCAUUGUAACUGGAGUAAUUACAUUUUACGAAACGAUGAAACAUUUAACAUGGCUUGCAUUUCAAAAUCGUCUUAGAUUCAGCAUGAUGAUACUUUUCUCCACUGCUAUUUUUUCGCACUAUUAUACUUGGUGGGUUUACAUGAAUUACUGGAAUGAUGAAUUUUAUUCUCAAUGGUAUCAUCAGUUGUUCUUCUCCAUCACUGAACUGGUAUCCACUUUACUGGUUGUUCAUCUGGCAGAUAAUAAAAAUCCAGUAACACACAGAAAAGCUUUUGGCAUUGCUGCAAUUGCUAUUUUACAUAUUGUAGCAGGUGGUUGGGAUCAAUUCGUCGCUAAUGUUGUCAGAGGGGAGGGCUACGCACAUCAGGUGGUACGUGAUCUUGGAUUCAUGAUCCCAGAUAUUCUUCACGUUGCCAUUCCUUUAUGGGCAGUAAAAUGGAAAAAUAUAUACAAUCUUCCAGGCUCGACUAAACGAGAUCCGAGUAUCAAAAGAGACUUGGCAUACAUGUUGGGAAUGAUAUGUAUAGGAUUGUGCAUUUGUGCCAUAUUGUAA